UCAGAAAGUCAGAAAAUCCGUAGCCGUCGUGUCGUGUCAGUGUAUCGUUGGAUGGUGGAACAUCGCUGGGAAGUUUUGGGAUUGUUUUCUUGGUGCUAACUGUAUAGGAAAAAUUAGUGCACAAAAAAUGAAAGAUCAGUUCAAAGUUUAGGUUCUCCUAGUUACUACAAGGCGUGUCUGUAGAAAACUUUUCGGCAAUUGAUUGGACAGGACCACUUCGAAACGACUGGCUACUGUGCAGAAAAGAUCAACCCUCAGCUCCUUAAAGCCGGUUAUCUGACAUUUACCUUCUCCGUCCCUUGGGACCACCGAACCUCGCCUUAGAAUUCGAAACCAAUAUCUGCACUGAACUGCUAAGGACACCAUGAUUCAGGGUUACGGUUCCGUAACGCAGGCCCUGCUGGGUACCCUGCUGACCUGGGGUCUUACCGCCCUCGGUUCCGGUAUGGUUGUAUUCCUCCGAGGCAACCAGCGGAAAUCGCUCGACAUAUCGCUGGGAUUCGCCGCCGGUGUGAUGGUUGCGGCCAGUUUCUGGUCCCUGUUAGCUCCAGCCAUCGAGUUAGCAGAAAGCUCCAACAUGUAUGGUAGCAAGGGGGAGUUUGCCUUCAUUCCGGUUGCAGUUGGUUUCCUGAUGGGGGCCAUCUUCGUGUACGGCACAGAUAAAGUCAUUUCGUUCCUCGGUAUCAACAGUCCUACGAUGAUGAUUGCCUUGACCCACACCAACAAAGACAAGGCUGACAUAGCUAUCGACGAUCAAGUGUCGUCCCUAGAGACGGGUCGAAGCUCGUAUGCAGGAAUACCACCGGAUUCUCUAGCCAUUGGCAUGGAUAGCUUUGCUGAUUGUUUGAACGCUCAGCAUGGAAGUGUGUCUAGGAAGCGCAGGAAGGGAAGCGAUAACACCAAGGAACAAUCGCUGUACACUAACAACAGCCAGAGUCAGAUUGAUGCCCAACUGUCUCAGUGGAAGAGAAUCAUGUUGCUUGUGGUGGCAAUUACGGUGCACAACAUUCCCGAGGGUUUGGCCGUCGGAGUCAGUUUCGGAGCGAUUGGUACAACCGAAUCAGCAACCUUUGAAGCGGCUCGGAAUCUCGCUAUCGGUAUCGGAAUCCAAAAUUUUCCAGAAGGUCUUGCCGUGAGCCUCCCAUUGCACGCUGCCGGCUUCAGUCUGGGAAAGAGCUUCUGGUAUGGUCAGCUUUCCGGAAUGGUUGAACCCAUUUUCGGUGUCCUGGGUGCUGUGGCCGUCAGUGUGGCCACCAUAAUUUUACCCUAUGCAUUGUCGUUUGCUGCCGGUGCUAUGAUCUACAUCGUUGCCGACGAUAUUCUACCGGAGGCCCACGCAAGUGGUAAUGGCCUGAUCGCCACCUGGGGCACCAUUGCCGGAUUUGUUGUCAUGAUGUGCCUGGAUGUGGGACUUGGAUAAUUCUGCACAAGCUAAAUCCUACACGCUGCUCUUAGGAAAGGGCAGCAGCAAAUCGAUCUUUACCCAUGCAACGGUUCAGAAAUUAAACCUUACAAUCCUUUCAAGAUGUGAUCUACGUGGCCCGGAUCUGCCCGGCCCCCGUCUGACGACUGUUGGGAAGUACUUUAACUUGCAGUAAGUAUUAAUUUUUAUUCCUAAGCGAAGUAAAAGAAGGGAAAACCGUCACUAAAAAAAUAGUGACCUAGUGAACGUUUUUACCUCUGUACUAAAAAAAAUAUUUGAACAUGAAUUUUGAAAUCGGGCAAAAAUGCUAGCUUUUAAGCAAAUGACACAGUGCAGUAAAUGUACAUAAGUAUCCUAGAUAUUAUCGGACAGAAGAUAACACAAAUGACGAACUUCUUCUAUCCCUUUUUUUAAAUGUGUCUGUUAUUGCCUAGUUUAUUGCGUAUGUACAAAUAAACCUUUUUAUGAAACAAACAAGCUACCGGUG